UAAACAUUAUAUUAUGAUCUGUUUAUCUUUUUUUUAGUGUAAGAACAGUUACUGCAGUAUGCAAAUAUGGCGACGCCCUUGAAACUUGCGACCCGCAGAGCUAUUCCACAGAUCUGGUACAGUCAAGUCCGUCAUGGUCAUAAGUUUAGAACAAAGAAACCACGGCCAAAGCCAAUGGAGCGGCGGAUAUUUGAAGCAGUCACUGCACCAAUUAUAGAAAAGCCAAUGCCUUAUUUGAGAUUUUCAUGCCGGGAUCCAGCAACCUCACAAGUUAAAGAGGAAAAUCCAUAUGAGCAGUUUCUAAUCCGUCAGUUGAGGAAGACAGUGGAACAGAGUGAAAUGAUUAUCAUAUGUCACCGAUUACCGUGUAGUUCUGUACGCCUCCGAGAGAUCAAAAUUGAUUUGAAACUGAAAGAUCUGUAUAUGCAUGUACUAAAUAACACACAUAUGGGGUAAGUUUGGUGACAUGGUUUAUGUUAUUCUCCUUCAUACUUUAGGGGAAAUAACAAAAGUAAACGUGUGGUUUUGAAAUUCCUUUUAGAAAAAUAUGUGAUUGUCCAUCUGUCACACUUCCUUGUUUACUGAGGUCAAAUUUUCAUCAGAUUCAAAAUAAACUUAGUAUCUGUCAUCAACAUGAAUAGGACAUGUGCAUACUGUCAGGAGUUAUAAAUUAUGUUAAGUUGCAUGU